ACACAUCUCUCUUUCUCUAAUAACCUUCUCUCCCAGAGAGAGAGAGAGAGAGGAAGAGAGGAAGAAGAAGAUGAAAGAGAUUUAAAUUUCUCUGUUUUGUUCUGUAAAUAAAUGCUUCUUCCUUCCUCAUGAGACAACAAAAUAAAUAGGGGGAGAAAAAGAGGAAGUGCCGCAAACUGCACAGGAAAUAACAAAAAAUCUAAAAAUAAAGCCCCCCCAAAAGCUGACUUCUUUUUGUGCAGCCAUUUUUUCGAUCUUUCUUCUCCCUUUUCUGUCUUUUGGGUCGGUUCAAGAAUUGGGUUUUCCUUACAGUUGGAUUUGUUAGAGUUCAAAUUGAAUUUUGAGCUCUUUCUUUUGGGGGAAAUAAGGAAAAUGCUUGGUUUAUUUAGCUGAAGAGGUUUCCAUAUUGGCUUUCUGAUGUUCUGUGUCUCAUACUGAUUGGAAGCUGUCCCCACUCAUGACAAUUAUUGCACCAGCUUCCUGAAUUUAAACCCACAACCAAUCAAAAACAAAAAAAAAAAAAGAAAAAAAAUAUCGAAUCUUGUUUUAGAUUUAUAUGACUGGUGUUGUUGAACUGUUUAAUUCCCAAUUUUGGCCUUUGGAGAAAAAAGUUACAAAAGCAACUUUCUCUUGGUGGGUUGGAAGUUAAUCAGCUCUUUGAAUUGAAUUGAGUGUUCACUUUGGUUUAUUAAAAAGGUUUGGGUGGUUUGCAUGUAUGUUGUAUAUUAGGUUUGCAUAAUCUUGUAUUAGAUUUUGUUGUUUAAAGAAGAUGGCUUCAGCGUCAAGGAUGGGAAUAGAUGAAGGAAGUGGGGAUGAAACUAAAGGAGGGAUGUGGGAAUUAGACCAAAAGCUUGAUCAGCCUAUGGAUGAGGAGGCUGGUAGACUCAGAAAUAUGUAUAGAGAAAAGAAAUUCUCAGCAUUGUUGCUUCUGCGGCUUGCUUUUCAGAGUCUAGGAGUGGUUUAUGGAGACUUGGGAACUUCUCCUUUGUAUGUGUUCUACAAUACAUUUCCCCAUGGAAUUGAUGAUACAGAGGAUGUCGUUGGCGCGCUUUCAUUAAUUAUAUAUUCCCUCACACUUAUCCCUCUCCUCAAGUAUGUUUUCAUUGUUUGUAGAGCGAAUGACAAUGGCCAAGGUGGGACUUUUGCUCUUUAUUCUUUACUAUGCCGGCAUGCUAAGAUAAAGACAAUCCCCAACCAACAUCGGACAGAUGAGGAGCUGACAACUUAUAGCCGUAGCACAUUCCAUGAGCAUUCAUUUGCUGCAAAAACAAAAAGAUGGUUGGAGGCAUAUCCAUUCAGGAAGAACGCACUUCUUAUUAUUGUAAUUGUUGGCACUUGCACGGUAAUAGGUGAUGGAAUUCUCACUCCGGCUAUAUCAGUUCUUUCAGCUUCUGGUGGGAUAAAGGUGGACCAUCCAAAGAUGAGUAAUGAUGUAGUAGUGGUUGUUGCUGUCAUUAUAUUGGUUGGUCUGUUUAGCUUACAACACUAUGGCACAGACAGGGUUGGUUGGCUGUUUGCUCCCAUUGUGCUGCUUUGGUUUCUAUUAGUAGGAGGUAUUGGCAUCUUCAACAUCUGGAAGUACGAUAGCUCUGUUUUGAGGGCUUUUUCUCCUGUGUGCAUAUAUAGGUAUUUUAGGAGGAGAAAGAAAGAGGCUUGGACAUCCCUGGGAGGAAUAAUGCUCAGCAUUACAGGGACAGAGGCACUUUUUGCUGAUCUUGCUCAUUUUCCAGUGUCAGCAAUACAGCUUGCUUUCACAGUCAUUGUUUUCCCUUGCCUUCUUUUAACCUAUACGGGGCAAGCAGCGUACCUCAUGCAAAAUAAGGAACAUGUUGUCGAUGCAUUCUACCGUUCUAUUCCAG